AUGGGUUCUGUGCGUGUUUGCGAGAAAUUGCAGAUCGCAGAUGGCGAACUAUGGGGUGGCUGGAAUUACAGGGAUGAGUCGGAGUUUAUUCAAGAUAUUGUUGAAGACAUACUCAGCCAAUUGAGAAGAUCAAGUCAUAGCAUUGCCAAGGAUUUUGUGGGAAUGGAGUCUAGGUUGGAGAAAAUAAAUGAUUAUCUAGAUUUAGGGAACUUGAGUAAAGUUAAAACUAUAGGAAUAUGUGGGAUGGGUGGAAUAGGUAAAACAACUAUUUCUAGUGUUGUUUACAAGGAUAUUUAUUGUCAAUUUGAAGGGAGUUGUUUUCUUGAAAAUGUUAGAGAAUCUUCUGAAAAAUAUGGUAUAGUUUCUUUACAGAAUCAACUUCUAUCUGCAACAUUGAUGGAUAAAGACAUACAAAUAUAUGAUGCUUAUAGAGGAACUGACGAAAUAAGAAAUAGGUUGUGUCGUAAAAAGAUUUUAGCCAUUCUUGAUGAUGUUGAUCAGGUGGAGCAAUUAGAGUUUUUGAUUGGAAAAAAGGAUGAACAUCGGUUUGGUAUUGGAAGUAGGAUCAUCAUAACCACAAGAGAUGAACAUAUCUUGAAAAAACAUGGAGCAGAUGAAAUAUACAGAGUUGAGGAGUUAAGUCAGGAUGAUGCCUUUAAACUCUUUUGCUCAAAGGCCUUCAAGAAUAAUCAACACAAGGAGGAAUAUGUGGAGCUUUGUAACGAUUUUGUAAAAUAUGCCAAUGGCCUCCCUUUAGCUCUUACUAUUAUAGGUUCCUCUUUGUGUGAUAAAUCUGCGAGGGAAUGGAACAGCACAUUAGACAGACUAAAAGAAAUUCCAAAUGAAAAAAUUCUGAGCAAGCUUCAAUUGAGUUAUGAUGUGCUUGAUGAAGUAUCAAGAAAAAUAUUCCUUGAUAUUGCAUGUUUCUUCAAAGGAAUGAAGAAAGAAUAUGUGAUAAAAGUACUAGAAAGCUGUGGAUUCUUCCCAGAAAGCGGAAUAGGAGAACUCAUCGAUAAAUCUCUCAUAACUAUACUAAGUGGAUAUUUGCGGAUGCAUGAUUUGGUUCAAGAGAUGGGAAGAGAAAUUGUUCGUAAAGAAUCUCGCGAAGACCCAAGCCUACGUAGUAGAAUAUGGCUUGACAAGGAUCUCUAUCACGUUCAAGUAAAGGACAUGAAAACAGAACAAGUUAAGGCUAUAGUCCUGCAUUCUUGGAAACAAGAAGAGCAAUAG